UGCUGCGUCAUUUCUUUUAAGUUUAUCUCCUGAUUAUUGGAUUAUUCGUGCGACGCCAACCUAAUGCUUUAAAAUAACCCGAGAAAUUGAACUCGUCGCAACUUAGCCCAGCAGGCCUUGUGGGUAUCUCAGCGACAACCCCAACAUUUAAACUCUCUAUAAAAGGACGGUGAAUGGAUCCUCCUAACUUCACUACAGCCCUUCUCCCCUUCCUUUUAAAGAAAAAUAAUUGUUGAGCUCACAUUUAUAUUCCAUGGAAAAUUUUGGUCUACUAGGAUCUCGGUUUCCACCAGGAUUCCGAUUCCAUCCAACUGAUCAGGAACUUAUCACUCAUUAUUUGAGCAAGAAGGUCACAUCGUCUCAGACUCCAGCAACAUCGAUAAUUGCCGAUGUUGAUAUAUACAAGUUCAAUCCCUGGGAACUUCCUGACAAGGGUCUCUUUGGAGAGGGAGAAUGGUUCUUCUUCAGCCCAAGGGAUCGGAAAUAUCCUAAUGGAAGCCGACCCAAUAGGUCAGCAGGUUCAGGAUACUGGAAGGCAACAGGUGUAGACAAGCCAAUCAUCGCAACUGGUGGGUCCCAGUGCCUCGGUGUAAAGAAAUCCCUGGUAUUUUACAAAGGCCGGCCUCCAAAGGGGACCAAGACUGACUGGGUCAUGCAUGAGUAUCGCCUUCUUGAUCACAACAAGUCUUCUUCUUGGUCUCAGAAGCACAAGGGUUCAAUGAGAUUGGAUGACUGGGUUCUAUGUCGAGUGCGACAGAAAGGCAGCUGUCCGUCAGCGUCAGAAACCGCUGACAAAGAUGAGAACAAAAUUUCCACCAAUUCCUGUUUCAGUCAGAACUCAAAGCAACAGAAAGCUUUAGGGGAGGAGAGGACUAAUAACUUGUAUGAAUGGAGUGAUAACCAACUUUUAUGUUAUCUGAUGAGUUUACAAGAGGGAGGAGGAGCAAGCACGGCAGGCUCCCAUUCUUCGGAACCUUUUUCCAUUGAUGACACGAAUGGAUGUGGAUAUGCUGAUGCCUCCGCUAAACCACCACAGCAUGUAUCAUCAGUGCUUGAUUCAAUCAAACGGAAGCUAUCAUUUUGUGCACUUGAUGAGCUCAUGUUGCUGCCCCCAAACAAGAGAUUACACUAUUCUCAUAAUGUUUAUGUUGAGUCAUCGCCUACAAGUUCAUCAUCAGUUGAUCAGUUGUUUACCGAGUCUGUAAUCUAAUCAUGUAGAUAUGGUUUCUGAUGGCAAAUAAUUUUGUUAGUUCGUCCUUAGAGAUAUACCUGGCUCAAGGAAAACAUAUUUUCGCCAGAAGCAAAAGCUGCGCAAGGACUUUGUAACCUCUAUCAAUAAUCGAGCACGCAUGUACAAAGUUAGCACAGUUAA